GCUUUCUUAAACUAGACUGGUUUAAAAUAUAAAAAUAUGAAAACAUAAAAAAAAAUAAAAAUUUUAUUAAUUCUCACGUUCACACACAUGACACACCAACAAAGAAAAGCAACCCUUCCCUCCCCAUUGUCUUAUUGUCAUUCUUGGCAUUGAAUCCUUCGAACUGUAUGCUUUUCUUCUUCCGAUGGAGGAUUUCAGAUCCAAGUCAUGCAGAGACGGGAGAGACGGGAGGAUGCAGAUGGAGGUCUACUAUGGAGGGAAGCCAGGUGCUCCUCCAGCAAGCAUGCAGGAUCUCAGAAGUUACAGCUCAUAUUAUGCAGGCUCUUGUGUUUCCCAGCCAAACAACCACCAGAUGGUGGUGAAGGAUGGGAAGAUGAAGAAAGGGAAGAGCAGCCUUGGGACUGCCUCGAAGACCUGGAGCUUGAGUGAUCCCGAGUUGCAGAGGAAGAAGCGGGUUGCUGGGUACAAAGUUUACACUGCAGAGGAGAAGAUGAAAGGGUCCCUGAGGAAGAGCUUCAAGUGGAUCAAGAACACCUGCACCCAAGUAGUCUACGGAUGGCGAUGAUUCGAUUAACGGCUACUUUGAGGGUAAAGAAGAAGAAGAAAGAAUAAUAUUAUGCAUCUGUCUACGAAAUUAAUUGUAAACAGAAAUAGAAUUCAAUACUUGGAUUUAUAAUUUUUUUUUUAGUACAUGGUUUAUAACUUCUUUAGCUAAGCAAGAAAACCUUAGUCUACAAUGAAUGUUUCGGGCUUGAUUUGGAGUUGUUUAAGGUUUGUUGUGGAGAUAUUCUGUUUACUCUGAUAUACGAGUAGGGGAUUCGAACUUGGAUGCAAGAGGGCAGGUACAUUGUCAUGGUAAACUAGUCCGGAUCCACUUUGUAUGCUUCUGUUUGAUGGCCUGGGUUUGAUCUGGUCAUAAUUUUGAUUAAACUCAAUAGCUUGUGAAGGCUGGUUUCUACAUUGCAUUUCUUUCAGCAUGAUUGUAGGUUUUUUUGGUGCAGCCAGUUGUGCAUUUUGUUUGAAAUGUACAAUUCAUAUACUAUGCUGAGAUCGCAAGCAAGAAAACCAAAGAGAAUAGCAGUAAAACCAAAAUCUAAAGCUCCACUGCGGUCGAUAUCUGAUGGCAUGUGUAGUGUGGAUUACGAAUGGAUGGAUCGAAGGCACGUGAGGUUUAGAUGCAGUCGAUAUCUGAUCAAACUAUGUCUUGAUAGAGAGAGUCUAAACAUAGUUUAUAGUUUAGUUUAGAUGGUCUAAUUAUGUUUAAAUGAGAUUUAUAUAGUGCAA